AUGUCUGCGGUUGUUGAAACCACCUCGCCUCACCUCCGGGUGUCGGCGAAGAAUAAAUCGUCUCAAUCCCAAUCCGAACCCUCUUCACGAGUCCCACCCCCGGAUGCCUCCACGGUCGAGGAUAAGUUCUUCUGGACCUACACUGAAGAGCCACAUCGGUCAAGGAGACAAGCAAUUAUCAAAGCCCAUCCAGAGGUGACCAAGCUCUGUGGCCCAGAGAGCCUCACCAAAUAUGUCGUCUUCGGUGUCGUGUCCCUCCAGCUUACCUGCGCAUACCUCCUCCGCAAUACCUCCAUGCUCGACUGGAAGUUCCUGGCUACUGCCUACGUGAUCGGAGCCACAUCAAACCAGAACCUGUUCCUUGCGAUCCAUGAGAUCUCUCACAACCUGGCCUUCCGGUCUCCGCUGGCCAACCGCCUACUGGCAAUCUUUGCCAACCUCCCUAUCGGAGUUCCAUACAGCGCAGCAUUCAGGCCCUACCACCUCACCCACCACAAAUCUCUGGGCGUAGCAGGUCUCGACACCGACCUCCCCACCGCAUUCGAAGCCUUCGUCCUCAACUCCGUCCUGGGCAAGACCUUCUUCUGCACAUUCCAAAUCCUCUUCUACGCCGUCCGCCCAAUGUUCAUCUACAGUCCCCCCUUCACCUCAAUCCACCUCAUCAACCUCGCCGUCCAGCUCUCAUUCGACUACUUCCUCGCCCGCUUCAGCGGCUCCCUAACCCCAAUCUUCUACCUGCUCGCCUCCUCCUUCCUCGCCGGCUCCCUCCACCCCUGCGCCGGCCACUUCAUCGCAGAGCACUACUUCUUCUCGCAAGUCAAAACCGGCGGCACAGAGUCCCUCGCCGACCUGAAGACCAAGCCCGCCGCAAAGACCACUGCGCCCCACCCGCUGGACGACCUCGCUCCCCCGGAGACAUACUCGUACUACGGCCCGCUUAAUAUCCUGACUUACAACGUGGGCUUGCAUAACGAGCACCACGAUUUCCCUGCUAUCCCGUGGACUCGAUUGCACAAGUUGAAGGAGAUUGCGUCCGAGUUCUACGAUCCCUUGCCUUGUCAUCGCAGCUGGGUGUGGGUUAUCUGGACUUUUAUUCUCGAUGAGAAUGUUGGGCUUUGGUGCCGUGUGAAGCGGGCGCAGGGCGGUCGCGUUGUUGGCGGUGGUGGAUCGGAGAAAAAGGAUACUUGGACUGGACGUGGUGGGGAGGGUAUCUCUGCUGCUUCUGCGGGUCCGCAGGGUGAGGAGGGUGAUGGGUGGAAGGAGAGUGAGAUUCAGUGCUAG